UUGUUUGUUUCUGAAUGAACAUUGAGAAUUUAUUGAUUAGGUGUAAAAUAAGUUUCUUUUUUUGAUCGCAUUGUUAAUAUUUGAUUGAAAUAGUGUCUUAACUAAUUAUUAUCAUGUUCUUUUUAACUUUGUUAUUUUUUUGUUCAUUCAUUUUCUCUGGUCAAGCUUAUUCUGAUGAUCAAGUGACCAGUUUACCAGGACUUUCUGGUCCUUUGGAUUUUAAAAUGUACUCGGGUUACCUUGAUGCUAGUCCAGGAACUCAUUUACAUUAUGUAUUCGUCGAGUCGGAAAAUGACCCAGCUAAAGAUCCGCUUUUACUUUGGCUAAACGGUGGACCAGGCUCUAGUUCACUGCUCGGAUUUUUCACUGAACAAGGCCCAUUCCAAUUGAAUGGAAAUUCCAGUUUGGAUCGAAAUCCUUACGCAUGGAAUAAGGUAGCGAAUGUUAUCUUCCUUGAAUCUCCUUCUGGUGUUGGUUAUUCUUAUAGUGAUUCUGGUAAUUAUUCUCAUAGCGACGAUUCUACUUCACUUGAUACUUUACUCGCGAUGAAAUCUUGGUUCAAUAAGUUUCAAGCAUUCGAAAAUCAUAGUUUCUAUUUAGCUGGUGAAAGUUACGCUGGAGUUUACAUCCCUACUUUAUCGGUUCGUCUUCUUGAAGAGCCUGAUAUUAACUAUGUCGGUUUCGCCAUUGGAAACGGUUACCUGGAUCAAUAUCUUCUUGGUAACUCGAUUGUACGAUUCGCCUACUAUCAUGGGUUCAUAGACACCCAAACAUGGAGUAAAAUCGUUUCCUUUUGCUGUAAAAACGGAAACGAGUCACCCGAUUCGUGUAACUUUGCCAACAACACUGAUAUCAAGUGCAUCGAGGUCGUUAAUGAUGCAAAUGAUUUCAUCAUCAGCAUUGGUCUUAAUUCUUACGCUAUCUAUGACGAUUGCGCUACUGAAGAAUUGAAUUAUUCAAGUGAAAUUCAAAGUCUCAGAGCAGAAUCUCUUGAAAGCUGGCACUUAGUGCACAACAUAAUAAGAGCAAUUUUCUACAAAAAUUCAGAGAUCAAAACCUUAUCAUUUCCAUGUUUCGAUAAAGAAGAUUUAAAUAAUUACUUAUCACGAUCUGAUGUUAGAGAUGCUCUUAAAAUUCCGAAAAACUUAACUGAUUGGACUUUUUUUUCGCUCAAUGUUACGAAUAAUUAUGAAACUCAAUAUCCAUCGCUGAAGAAACAAGUUAUCGCUUCAAUCAAAGCAGGUAAACGAGGACUAAUUUACAAUGGUGACACUGACAUGGUCUGUGAUUUCUUGGGUGAUCAAUGGUUUUCAGAUCAACUUGGAUUCAAACAAAUCGGUAAAUAUAAACCUUGGUAUGUUGAUAACCAAGUCGCUGGGUUCGUGAAAAAUUAUGAAGGAUUUUCAUAUGCAACCGUUAGAGGAUCAGGUCACACUGUACCCGAAUAUCGACCUGCCGCUGCUCUUUACAUGAUUGAAAGAUUUUUAUCCAACAAAAGUUUAGCCUAAAUUGAUAAACAUUUAUUGAUUAGGCAUCUUUGGAUAAAGUUACUUUUCGAUUCGUCUAUUGAUACGUUCAUACGACUUUUCCUCCUCUUGUGAAUUCUAAUAAACUUUACUAAUUCAUAUUUAUACA